CCCCAAACAUCCACACUUCCAUAUCAUCUCCUUCUUCUCGACCGUGUCAGGCACAAGACUCGGACAUGCGUCCGAACAGAAAAUCCAAUCUCCCAACUCAGGAAGAUGGAUUGGUGCAUCAAACCCACCACUACAUUCUUCUCUAAAACAACACAACUUCCCACUCACACAAGGACUCCUCCCCUAACACCAACACGCAAUUCAAAAGCUACAGGUGGUGGCCAUGUCCAUCUAACUCAAUGCAUCAAAAGCAGCAAAAAUCUCCCUCUCACUACCAUCACACAAUCUCCACCGUCCAUCAACGACAACGAAAAAGAAUCCUUCCUACUAACCCUCCUCCGUCAGAGAAAGACGGAGGAGGCAUGGCUAACAUACGCCACCGAAUUCUCCAACCAUCUGCCAAACGCUACUUGUCUGAGUCGACUCGUCUCCCAACUAUCUUACAAGAACAAUCCUCAAUCCCUCUCUCGCGCCCAAUCCAUCGUCCGACGCCUUCGGAAUGAGCGUCAGCUCCACCGCCUCGACGCCAAUUCCCUCGGCCUCCUUGCUGUCUCUGCUGCCAAGUCCGGUGCCACCGCCUACGCGGCCUCCGUCGUCAAGUCCAUGCUCCGGUCCGGCUACCUUCCUCACGUCAAGGCAUGGAGCGCUGUCGUCAGCCGCCUGGCCGCCUCGGGCGACGACGGGCCUGCUGAGGCUCUCCGCCUUUUCAAUUCCGUGGUCUGCCGUGUCCGUGGGUUUGCCGAUACUGCGGUAGCUGCCGAUUCUCGGCCCGACACGGCCGCAUUCAAUGCCGCGCUCAAUGCCUGCGCGAACCUCGGCGAUGCGGAGAGGUUCGUCAAGCUGUUCGAUGAAAUGCCUGAGUUCGGCGCAGAGCCUGAUGUCCUUACCUUCAAUGUGAUGAUCAAGCUCUUUGCCAGGGUUGAUAGGAAAGAUUUGCUUGUGUUCGUCUUGGAGCAGAUAAUCAAGAAAGGAAUCACGCCAUGUAUGACUACGUUUCAUUCGUUGGUUGCUGCCUAUGUUGGAUUUAGCGAUUUGGAGACUGUGGAGAAAAUGGUUCAGGCAAUGCGGGAGAGUAGACUUGACAUCUGCAGAAUUCUCCGGGACUCGAAUCCUCAGGACCCAAAUCUAGCAGGGGAUGGAAUUCUUGAGAAAUUGCUUCUGAAAUCAACACCGUUGAUUGAUGAUGGCCCACCUCCGUUGCUGCCCAAAGCCUAUCUUCCAGACUCCAGAAUCUACACCACCCUCAUGAAGGGAUACAUGAAAGAAAGCCGCCUCAGUGAUGUGGUCCGAAUGCUUGAGGCGAUGCGUCAACAGAGUGACAGCGCCAGCCGUCCUGACCAUGUCACAUACACAACCGUCAUCUCAGCCCUGGUUAAGGCCGGCUCGAUGGACCGGGCAAGACAGCUGCUUGCUGAAAUGGCGCGCGUUGGUGUUCCCGCCAACCGCAUCACCUACAACGUCCUCCUCAAGGGCUACUGCCAGCAGCUCCAGAUGGAGAAGGCGAAGGAUUUCAUCCGUGAGAUGCGGGAUGAUGCUGGCAUUGACCCGGAUGUCGUCUCUUACAACAUCCUGAUCGACGGUUGCAUACUUGUUGACGACAGUUCCAGUGCUCUUGCCUACUUCAACGAGAUGCGGACUCGUGGGAUUGGGCCUUCCAAGAUUAGCUACACCACUCUAAUGAAAGCUUUUGCGUUAACAGGCCAGCCCAAGCUGGCUAACAAGGUGUUUGAUGAAAUGCUGAAAGACCCUCGAGUGAAAGUUGAUCUGAUCGCUUGGAACAUGUUGAUUGAAGGGUAUUGUAGAGUGGGGUUGGUGGAAGAAGCUAAGAAGCUAGUGCAAAGGAUGAAAGAGGAUGGAUUUUAUCCUGAUAUAGCCACAUAUGGCAGCCUUGCAAAUGGGAUUGCACUGGCUAGAAAGCCAGGAGAAGCUCUUCUGCUAUGGAAUGAGAUAAAGGAGAGAUUUGCAUCAUCAUCUCCUCCUCCUUCCCUGCCGCCCAUCAGGCCAGAUGAAGGUUUGCUUGAUUCACUAGCAGAUGUGUGUGUGAGGGCUGCAUUCUUCAAGAAGGCUCUAGAGAUUGUGGCAUGCAUGGAAGAGAAUGGGAUUUCUCCAAACAAGACAAAGUAUACAAGGAUUUACGUCGAGAUGCAUUCGAGGAUGUUCACUAGCAAGCAUGCUUCGCAAGCAAGGCAGGACCGGCGGAGGGAGCGGAAGAGGGCGGCGGAGGCUUUCAAGUUCUGGUUGGGACUUCCCAAUUCUUACUACGGGAGCGAGUGGCGGCUCGAACCAGUUGAUGGGGAAGAUUAUAGUGCUAUUGAUUCUACUUAACAGCCAUUAUGUGUGUAUAAUAUACUGAUGGAGCUUGCCAAUGAAAGUAUGCAAGGCCAUUUCCAAACUCAGUCUUGUGACUGCUGCCUCAGAUAUCAUUGGCCACUUCUACAAGUCACGUCCUCGACUCGACUCGGCUCGAUAUCCAGCUGAUCAGGUGAACUUGAAGACUCGACCAGGUUUUUAUUAAACUCAACAUCUAAUAAAUAAAUUAAGAUUAAUGGCAAAUAUUUAAGAUACUGUAAGCAUUAAAAAUGGAAAAUUUGUAUGAUAUGUAGAUUUGGUGCUUUGGCUGA